AUGCGGUUUAUUUCAGGCAAAAGUUUCUUGGCAAUGUUGCGGUUUUUAACUCCGUUGCUCGUCGGAUUGUUUUCACAGUCAAUACGAAUGACAACUGCCGCCAAUUGGAAUCAUCCACUAGCUGUUGUCCAUCACAGAGGUUCUCCUCUUUGGGUGAGACAUGGGCACUCUUUCCGACCAACACGGGCAAUGCAACCUGUGAUUGUACCGGCUCGAGCCCUGAGUGUCCACUUAACACAGGAGGAGCUCCAGAAGUUACGCUUCAAACCGACGGUAGGCCCCAUCCAGCAGUCAGAGGGGAAAGAAGUCAGAUUUAACUGCUCCAUAGACAUCAAUGAUGUCAACCAGGACCUGAAUAUUCUGUGGUUCAGGAAUGGAAAAGAAAUCCUUGAUAGCACGCAGUCACAGGUAUUCACUCAUGGGACUGGCAUAUUGUUGUCCACUUUAAGCAUAAGCAGUGUCCAGAGAGCAGAUGCUGGCGAGUAUCACUGCCGGCUCAGUGUCAGCAACAAGAUCAUUGAGUCAAAUCCCAUCUUUUUAGAGGUAGAGGGCCUACCCACUUUCACUAUACAGCCGAGUGAUGUAAACAUCACAAGAAACACUCCCUUCACUUUGACCUGUGAGGCGGUCGGUCCUCCAAACCCUGUAACUAUCAAGUGGCUUCAUAAGGGCAAGAGAUUUCUAGAACGCAAUGAGUCGUCCAGCACCAUCACCGUUGAAGGUGUUGUUAAACCAACCCUCUACAGCUGUGAAGCUCACAAUGAGAAAGGCCUUACAGUAUCCAGAGAGGCUCACAUCAAUAUCAAAGAGCUUCCUGACAAAGUGUCUGAAGUCAAUGUAGUCAAACGUGAGGCCAACAAACUCGUCUUGAGCUGGACACCAGGACACGAUGGCUUCUCUCCUCUGAGCUCCUGUUUAAUCACGGUACGAGAGCUUGGUCGGGAGUCGGCCCACCCGACUAUCGUUCGCAAGACACUGAUUCCUCCGUACCAGUACGAGAUCAGCAACCUCAGGGCCAUGACCUGGUACAAUAUGUGUGUGUCCUGCACCAAUGAGAUCGGCUCGUCUCCGCCCAGUGCCUGGGUCCAGAGCAACACCACAGAGGGGGUCCCAUCAGAGGCCCCCCAAAACCUGACAGUUCACGUCAACAAUUCCAUGUUGAUGAUCCGCUGGGAAGCUCCGCCCCCUGACAAGCUAAAUGGAAUCUUGCAAGGGUAUGAUGUCACUGUCAAACAUGGGACACAUACCAACAAGAUUCACAGCAUGACUACAGAUGCCGCAGUGACUCUGCAGGUGUUUAACACCUCUUACAGUGUGGAGGUCGUGGCUUGCACUCAGACUGGCUGUGGGAUUAAAAAAUCACGAUACUGGCUCUUCAUACCAGACAGUGAAUCUCCAGAGCCUCCAUCCACUACUCCAGUUCCCAAUCACCAAGACUCUGCGUACAUCAUGCUUGGAGUGGUUUGCGGUUUCUGUCUUUUGAUGAUUGUGAUGUUUGUGGCCAUGUGGUUGCGCAAUCACUCUUAUUUGCAGUUUUUAUUUGGAACUGAUGACAAACUUACAUCAAUCAUUGAGUACAAGUCUCAGAGGUCCUAUAACCGCUCAGCCAUUGAAAUCACACUUGCCAGUUUGGGCAUCAGCAGUGAACUACAAACCAAACUCAAAGACGUGAUGAUCCUUAGGAACCUGCUGUCCAUCGGGAAAGUCCUAGGAGAAGGUGAGUUUGGAUCGGUGAUGGAGGGGCUUCUGAGACAACCCGAUGGAACCAGUGAGAAAGUGGCCGUGAAGACCAUGAAAUUGGAUAACUUCUCUCAGAGAGAGAUUGAAGAGUUUUUGAACGAAGCUGCUUGCAUGAAAGAUUUUCAGCACCGGAAUGUCAUCAGACUCUUGGGUGUGUGUUUGGAGGUUGGCUCAGGACACUUUCCCAAGCCAAUGGUUGUGCUCCCCUUCAUGAAGUAUGGAGACCUGCACAGCUUCCUUCUCCGAUCACGUCUCAGAGACAGCCCUUAUCUCUCUAUACAGAUGCUACUGAUGUUUAUGAUUGACAUCGCGUUGGGAAUGGAGUAUCUCAGCAACAGAAACUUCCUUCACCGCGACCUCGCUGCACGCAACUGCAUGUUGCGUGAUGACAUGAGCGUGUGUGUUGCUGACUUUGGUCUGUCUAAGAAGAUUUACAGUGGCGAUUAUUAUAGACAGGGAAGCUUCGCAAAGAUGCCCGUCAAAUGGAUCGCUGUGGAAAGCCUCGCUGACAGAGUCUUCACUGUCAAAAGUGAUGUGUGGGCGUUUGGAGUGACCAUGUGGGAAAUAGCCACCCGAGGCAUGACCCCGUACCCUGGUGUGCAAAACCAGGAAAUGUAUGAUUAUCUCCUUGAGGGCAGCCGACUGAAACAACCAAACGACUGUCUUGAUGAACUGUACGACAUCAUGUUCAGUUGCUGGAGCGCUGACCCAGUGGCCCGACCUGACUUCACACAGGUGCGAGAGAGGCUGGAGAAUCUAGCAGAGAAGCUUCCCGCGGUGUCCAACAGGAGAGACGUCAUCUACAUCAACACCACCUUCACUGAGGAAGAAUCAAUAACUGAUGUGGCGGCGGAAGGACCCGUCCUUAUCUCAUCUCCCUCCUGUAGCCGUCACACCAUGGACACAUCUGUUGUGACCGCAGACGUUCACGAGAGCACAGAUGCUGAGGGAGAUGACCGUUACGUUGUUGUCUUGUCGUCUGGUGAACAAGCGAUGAUGGGUGCGAGCAGUGCUGUUGUUACACCCCUGUUGGAUAACGGACUCUUGGAAGGGGACGAUGUGGAAACAAUUGGGGAAGGUACAGGGACGCCGCAAAUAUCUAGUGACACAAGACGUUUGCUCUGAAGAAGAGAUGUGAGAUGGGAAGAAUGAUGAAAUGCAUCAGAACAUUGACUCUAUGAGAAUUGGCUCAAAUUAUUUUUUUCACAACUUAAAGGCGUAACAUCAGCGCCCCUAGUGUCACUAAACGGAAUUGCAAAUAUAAUGUUUUCGGACAGGUUUCCCAAACAUUGAUCUGACAAACAUGAUUGUGACAAAUGUGACAGUGCCACAGAACCACAGUGUUUACACUUUUCACUCAACCUACAGAUGACUUGCAUAUAGUUGACUGCAUAUUAAGCUGGGAUACAAGUAUUGUAUAUAUUUUUUAUUUAUCUAUCUAGUCUGACUAUCUAUCUAUCAUCUAUCUAUCAUCUAUCUAUAUCUAUCUGUCUGUCUAAUCUAUCUAUCUAUCAUCUAUAUCUAUCUAUCUAUCAUCUAUCUAUCAUCUAUAUCUAUCUGUCUGUCUAAUCUAUCUAUCUAUCAUCUAUAUCUAUCUAUCAUCUAUAUCUAUCAAUCAUCUAUCUAUCAUCUAUCUAUCAAUCAUCUAUCUAUCUGUCUAUCUGUCUGUCUGUCUUAUAUAUCAUCUAUCUAUCUAUCUAUAUACAGUAUCUAUCUAUCUAUCAUCUAUAUCUAUCUAUCAUCUAUCUAUCGUCUAUCUGUCUGUCUGUCUAAUCUAUCUAUCUAUAUCUAUCAUCUAUCUAUCUUCCUAUCUAUCAUCUAUCUAUCUAUCUAUCUAUCUAUCUAUCUAUCUAUCUAUCUAUCUAUCUAUCUAUAUACAGUAUCUAUCUAUCUAUCUAUCUAUAUCUAUCUAUCAUCUAUAUCUAUCUAUCAUCUAUCUAUCAUCUAUCUGUCUGUCUGUCUAAUCUAUCCAUAUCUAUUCAUCUAUCUGUCUGUCUGUCUUAUCUAUCUAUCUAUAUCUAUCAUCUAUCUAUCUUCCUAUCUAUCUAUCAUCUAUCUAUCUUCCUAUCUAUCUAUCUAUCUAUAUACAGUAUCUAUCAUCUAUCUGGCUGUCUAUCUAUCUAUCAUCUAUCUAUCAUCUAUCUAUCUGUCUGUCUAAUCUAUCUGUCUGUCUGUCUGUCUAAUCUAUCUAUCUAUCAUCUAUCUAGCUUCCUAUCUAUCUAUCUAUCUAUCUAUCUAUCUAUCUAUCUAUCUAUCUAUCUAUCUAUCUAUCUAUCUAUC